AUGGGUUUUGUAAAUAUCUAGUUGUCAUAAAAAAUAUUAAUAUUUGUAAUUAAAUUUUUUGUAUUAUAGACUCUCCUCUCUUACUCAUAGCAUAUAGAUAUAAAUAUUCUAAAUAAAAUCAGACUCUCUUAAUCUAGGAACUAUUUAAAUAAGAAAUAUGAUGAAGAAAGUCUAGACAGCGAAUAAUUUUAGGAAAUUCAUUCGAAAAUAGGAAUUAAAGAAGAUGGAAAUAACCUAUUAUUAAUGGAUCUUUUUAGGUGGUACUGUUUAAUUUUUACCUAAAUUUUAUGUUUUGAGAAAAGACAUUAUUGA